AAAUUCAGUGCCGACUGGCAAAGCUUCUGCUGGUGCGAUUCUCCUCCACUCAGCUGUCGCGUCCCCCCACCGAAGAAUUACCGGAGGAAAGCCAACCCAUUCCCAAUGCCCAGGAGAUGGGACUUGGGGACGAAUAUCGUGUGAUGUUGCUGCCGAAUGACUUCAAGUUGCAUCGCCUCAAAGAAGGACCCGAGCGGGUGGUGGCCAUUAGGAAGUCGCAGGCCUUGAAGUACUACCGCCAGCUGGCGACCGUGAGGCUCCUGGAGACGGCUGCCUCGAGGCUCUACAAGGAGCAGUUGGUGCGCGGCUUCUGUCACCUGUACACCGGGCAGGAGGCCUGCGCCGUGGGCAUUCGAGCGGCGAUGCGAAGCAACGAUAAUCUCAUCACCGGCUACCGUGUCCACGGAUGGGCCUACAUGAUGGGUGUGCCCGCUGUGGGCGUGCUGGCGGAGCUGACGGGUCGCCGGAGUGGCUGUUCCGGCGGCAAGGGCGGCUCCAUGCACAUGUACGGACGGAACUUCUACGGCGGCACGGGUAUUGUCGGCGAUCAGGUGCCCCUGGGCGCUGGCGUGGCCUUCACGAGCAAGUAUCUGCAGGAUGGCGGCGUCUGUCUGGCCCUCUACGGCGACGGUGCCGCCAAUCAGGGCCAGGUCUUCGAGUGCUUCAACAUGGCGCUGCUGUGGAAGCUACCGAUGAUCUUCGUGUGCGAGAACAACAACUAUGGCAUGGGUACCCGCUCCGAGAGGGCUGCCUCGAACAUCAAUUACUACACGCGUGGAGAUCUCAUGCCGGGCAUCUGGGCGGAUGGCCAGGAUGUGCUGGCCGUGCGCAGUGCCACCGAGUUUGCCAUCAAGCAUGCCCUGAACAAGGGUCCCAUACUCAUGGAGCUCGGCACGUAUCGCUAUGGGGGACACUCCAUGUCCGAUCCGGGCACCAGCUACCGCACUCGCGAGGAGAUCCAAAAGGUUCGCAGGCAACACGAUCCGAUCCAGGGCUUCCGAGAGCUCUGCUUGGAUCAGCAGAUCCUCUCUCUGGACGAGAUUCAGGAGAUCAAUCAAGUGGCCCGUCUCGAGAUAGAGGGGGCCAUCCGUGCGGCACGAAAGGAUGAUGAGCCGCCACUCAACAAUCUCUGUAGCGAUGUCUACUCGGGGCUCUUCGAGGGGAAGCUUCGGGGAGUUCUGGCGCUGGAAUUGGAGCAUGACAAUACAAAGGAUGGAGAGGUUUAAACGGUGCUUCUGUUUAUGGAGGAUGUAUCACAAAAUUGUUGGUUGUUGAAUAAACUCUGGGCCGCGAAUCUGCAA